AUGUUCCACAUCUUCUCCAACUGCUGGUCAUGGCUGCAGGCCAUACAGGAGCCCAUCAGGAAGGUGACCCUCCUUGUCUUGGGGCUGGACAAUGCAGGGAAAACCUCCGUCAUCGUGGACAUAGAGAGAGCGCUGGCCAGCGAGGUGCUGCCUGCAGCGAAGCCCGGCCAGACCUGCCUGCGGGUGGACAGGUUCGAGGUGACGCUGGUGGACCUGCCCGGGACCCAGCGCGCCCGCAGCGCCUGGCGCAGCCACUACAGCACGGCCCACGGGCUCCUCUUCGUGCUGGACUCCAGUGACCUGGAGCGGAUCGAGGAGGCCCGCAAGGUCCUGAGCCGCGUCCUGAGCCAUCCCGACGUUUCUGGGAAGCCCAUCUUACUGUUGGCCAACAAGCAAGACGCGGCCACCGCUCUGCUGCCGGGCGAGCUGAUCGAGCGCCUGUCCCUGGAGAGGCUGGUCAACGAGAACCGCUCUCCCUGCCGCAUCGAGCCCUGCGCUGCCAAGAGGGGUCCCGGUCCCGCCGGCCCUGUCCGUACCACCCUGCAGGGGCUGCGCUGGCUCCUCCGCGCCGCCGCCGCUGCCCCGGGACCACCGCCCACAGACCCCGAACCACCGCCCGGCCCCGGCUCCCGGGCCGCCCGCGGCCGCCCGGCCGCCCGCAGGGACCCGCCGCCCCCCGUGGAGGGUGCCCGGGACGGCCCGGGGAAGAGGGGGGAGUCACGGCCGCUGCGGCCCGUCGGCCGCCUCCUCCCGCUGGUGAGUGACCCCCCGCCCCGGGAUCGGGCAGGACGGCAGGGGGGUGCCGCCAUCCUCUCCUCAUCCCCCUCGUCCUGCUUAGGAGGAGAGCACGAAGGGGCUUGGGAGGAGGAAGAGGAAGGUGAAGCACAGGGCAUGAAAAAGAAAAAGAAGAAGAAAAUCAAGAAUAAAAUUAAGUCACAGGAACCUGCCAUGGAGCAGCAGCAUGAGGAGUUCUCAAGCACCUUUGACCUGUACCGACGGGCAAUACUGGCUCUGAAGAUGAGGCAGGAGCAGAGGAAGCAGCAGUCUGCCAUCGUGCCCUGA